CUAUAAUAAUACUACUAUACCCGAUAUCAACUCUCUCCCUCUAAACCCUUUUUCAAGAUCUGCUGAAUUGGAGGUCAAAAAAAAUGUUCUCUCUCUUCACUUGUAGUAAUUUAAUUUGAACCUCUCCUUCCUAGAAAGUAGAAACCGUGAAUGUCACUGCCACCAAGUAAUGAAACAAUUGAAAACAAACUUUAUAAUAAGAUAAUAAUAGUAAUGGAAAAAGUAGUCGUAUUUGAUUUAUAAUUUGUAGUUUUGUGUAGACAAAGCUAAGCUGGUCGCCACUCUCCUCCGAUCCUUCUCGGCAACACCAUACACAUACAUAACAUACGUACAUACAUAAAAUCUUCUUCUCUUCGGAUUAAAUAUGAAGGAACGUUUCAACUUCCAUCAUCAACAUCAACGUCAACAUCAUCAAACAUGAGCACUGGAACUACCCUUUGUUGACUCUCUCUUCUCAUUUCACCAGGAAACAUUUCAGAAUAUAAUUUGAUGAGAGAAGAUUGGAUGAGGAAUGUCGUGAAGUACUGAGGAGGUGGUGGAGGAGGAGGAGAGGGGCAUUGUGAUUGUUUCAUGGGCAAUACAUGCCGCGGAUCUUUUGGAAGCAAAUACUUUCAGGGCUACAGUCAGCCCGAAGAACAAUCCAAUACCAAGCGCAAUACUACUUAUUCUACCCAUUCUAAUUAUUCCGAUUUCUCGGCCACCAGUUUCAACUCUCAACACCUCAUUCCUCAAGAAUUCUCCAAGGAUAAUCCCAAGAAAGACAACAAUCUACCCCUUGAUAACACACCCAAACAAACCACCAUGAGCCGCCACCACCACCACCGCAAUGAUAACCAAGCUUAUUUUGUCUUGGGUCAUAAGACUGCUAACAUUCGUGAUCUUUACAUGUUGGGCCGUAAGUUAGGUCAAGGACAAUUUGGCACUACUUAUUUAUGCACUGAGAUUUCCACUGGCAAUGAAUAUGCAUGUAAAUCAAUCUCUAAGCGGAAAUUGAUUUCCAGAGAGGAUGUUGAGGAUGUCAGGAGGGAGAUUCAGAUAAUGCACCAUUUGGCCGGUCACACCAACAUUGUGACGAUUAAGGGUGCAUAUGAGGACCCUUUGUAUGUUCACAUUGUCAUGGAACUUUGUUCAGGGGGUGAAUUGUUUGACCGCAUCAUUCAGAGGGGACACUAUAGUGAGAGAAAGGCAGCUGAAUUGACCAAGAUUGUUGUUGGGGUUGUUGAGGCAUGUCAUUCACUCGGGGUUAUGCAUAGAGAUCUAAAGCCUGAGAAUUUCUUGUUGGUUAACAAGGAUGAUGAUUUCUCUCUCAAGGCCAUUGAUUUUGGACUAUCAGUUUUCUUCAAACCAGGUCAGAUUUUUACUGAUGUUGUUGGAAGCCCAUAUUAUGUUGCUCCAGAGGUGCUUCUGAAGCAUUAUGGCCCAGAAGCAGAUGUGUGGACAGCAGGGGUCAUACUGUAUAUAUUGCUAAGUGGCGUACCACCCUUUUGGGCUGAAACACAACAGGGGAUAUUUGAUGCUGUUUUGAAGGGACACAUUGAUUUUGAAUCAGAGCCCUGGCCACUGAUAUCUGACAGUGCGAAGGAUCUUAUACGCCAAAUGUUAUGCUCUGGACCUUCUGAUCGCCUAACUGCUCAUGAAGUAUUAUGUCACCCUUGGAUAUGUGAAAAUGGAGUUGCUCCUGACAGAGCACUGGAUCCAGCUAUUCUUUCUCGCCUCAAACAUUUCUCUGCUAUGAACAAGUUAAAGAAGAUGGCUUUACGGGUAAUUGCUGAAAGCCUGUCAGAGGAGGAGAUUGCUGGUUUAAGAGAGAUGUUCAAGGCAAUGGAUACUGACAGCAGUGGUGCAAUAACAUUUGAUGAACUUAAAGCUGGUUUGAGAAGAUACGGCUCUACAUUAAAGGAUAUAGAGAUACGUGACCUUAUGGACGCGGCUGAUGUGGACAACAGUGGGACCAUUGACUACGGGGAAUUCAUAGCUGCAACUCUUCACCUUAAUAAGAUAGAACGUGAGGAACAUCUUGUGGCAGCAUUUCAAUACUUUGACAAGGAUAGAAGUGGUUAUAUUACAGUUGAUGAACUUCAGCAAGCUUGUGCAGAACAUAAUAUGACUGAUGUCUUGCUUGAAGAUAUCAUCAGAGAAGUUGAUCAAGAUAAUGAUGGGAGAAUUGACUAUGGGGAGUUUGUCGCUAUGAUGCAAAAAGGCAAUGCAGGAAUUGGAAGGCGAACUAUGCAAGGGAGUCUGAAUUUAAGCAUGAAAGAUGCGCUGGGACUGGGAACUGACUAGUUCUAAAUAGACAUGCCAUGUACAGGUGGUGCAGCAAAGCCUGAAGAGGAGGAGGUUUGUCGAUUAAGCUUGAAUGAUACGAUUUUCUCAAAAUUUUGAUACCUCAUCCAUGUCAAGAAGAUUAAGAUUGGAGAGGUUUAAGGUUGAGCAUGCUGUCAGUUAUGCCUUGAUGUUGCCGUGUAACUCAAGAAAUGUUGUAAGCUUUGUAAACAUGAGUGAAGUCUUUAGCUACUCAAGUUGCUAAGCUAUUUUGCGGUGUUCUUUGUUUGGGGCUUUAGGCUAUAUUAAUCAAGUUAGGAGAGGUUUUUGGACAUCAAAUGUAAAAAAAAAAAAAAAAAAAAAAAAAAUCUACAUACUAGGGCAUUUCUAAGUGUGUGGGUAUGGGGUGCCUCUGUUCUAUUUCCCAAGUCAAUGAGUUGUAAUCACGAAAAAAGAAAUAAUAAUAAUAGAUAAAUAAAAAAGUUCUUUACAACUUGCAAUGACUGUGGUAUGGUAAAUCCUAUUUUCCUUUCUAAGUAAAUUAUACAAGCAAGGAAUGUUCUCCUGUGCCAGUAAUGUCUUGGAGUGAAGAUGUGAGUAUGGUGGUUUCUAUACUGUCAUUGACACUUAUAUAUAUAUAUAUAUAUAAUUUCCAGGUACUCACCUACACAUUGUCCUCUCCUCCUCUUUGAGGGUCUAAAUAAACGGUAGGACAAACAUUUCUUGUCACAAUGCUCGUACUAAAAAACUGUAUUUCCAAAUAUGAUCUGUCUGCCAUACAAAACCUAAUUCAAAUAGACAGACUGGUAUUGCUGUAAUCCUAAUAGAGUGGAACUGUCUAUAAGAUCGAUUGCCAUAAAACAUUAUACAAGCAUACCACGAAGAAAACCAGGCGUUAUGCCCUCAACAACGAGUCAAUCACAUGCAGAGUGAGUGCCAUAGUACAAAUUUGAUUAAGAAAAUAUGAUUUAGUAUUAUAGUUGUAAUCAAACAUAUAUCAUACACUAUUUUACAGACUGACCCAUAAGCUCGAAUCUACCCAUUACAACAUUUUCUGUUUCACCCAAUAUUUUUGUUGUUGAAGUUGCAACUGAAUCACUGCUGGAUGGUAGAGUAACAAUUUUGAGUUGUCUUGUAUGCCGGUGCUUUAUGCGAGUGGGCGUUGCAAUAGAUUACUUUAUACUGUCCAUGGCUGCAGGUUUGAACGCUAUUGUGCCAAAUCUGCAGUUUCACAUGCUAUUGUAAUUUCCUGCAAAAGAAAUAAUAGUUGACGGUCAUUACCCCCGAAAAUAAUAAUAGUUGAUGGUAAUAACAUAAGACUGCCUUAUUUGUAGAUUGCAAAUUGUAAAAUUUUACUAGGAGGAACACUAUCAGAUUGAAGCGAAGAGGGUAAAAAUGGUUGAAUUUUAACUAAAUAUGAAAACAAUUCAAUGUGUCUAAUUUCAUUUUCAGUGAGAACCCUUAACAAAUUACCUAAAUGAGAAACCUUACCAAAUUAUGCACACCUGCGUAUCAUAUAUGGGAGUAAACUAUAAGCAACACGAAACCCAUUUUUUGGCCUUCUAGCUGUUCCAAGUGCCUCCUUUGAAUCUCAAUUUUAGACUUCAAGUUGUAUGAUUCUUUUUUUUUUUUUGUAUUAAA